UGAGGAUUACUACACACCACAAACAUAUCAUACAACAGACUUUACCAUUGUUCAGCCAAAAUUAAAAGAAAACCAAAAAGAAAACGAGAAAACUACAUCACCGUUUCUCUUGAUCUUCGUUUCGAAUCAAAUCGAAUCGGAGGUGAAAGAUCCAAUUCCGACUCUGUGUCUUGUGAUCGAAAGCGGAUUAUAGCUGUUUCCGAUCACAACCCAAUUACAUUCAUCAGCUUUCGUUCCUCGCCAAGUUUGCGUGUUCAUGCAGCUCGUCCUAGUAAUUCUAAUUCACUCACUUUUCUCGUGACAGUCCUUCUGUUAUUCAUGAUACUGAACUCUCACCAGAUGUCCCCAAAUUUUCUGCUAUGGCUGGUGCUCGGUGUUUUCUUGAUGGCAACAAUGUUGAGGAUGUAUGCAACAUGUCAACAGCUUCAAGCACAGGCCCAAGCUCAUGCAGCAGCAGCCAGUGGCAUUCUUGGCCACACGGAACUGAGGUUGCAUAUGCCACCAUCGAUAGCACUUGCAAGUCGAGGGCGUCUGCAGGGUCUCAGACUUCAGCUUGCUCUUCUUGACCGGGAGUUUGAUGAUCUUGAUUAUGAAACUUUAAGAGCUUUAGAUUCAGAUAAUGUUUCUACGGCAGCUUCCAUGACCGAGGAAGAGAUAAAUGCUCUUCCGGUCCACAAAUAUAAGGUUGCUGGUCCCCAGAGUGGUGGUUCAUCAAUGCAACAAGCAUCAUCAUCCACUUCUGCUGAGAAGCAAGAUAAUUCAGGGGCUGUUGGGAGCAUGAAAGCCUCUGACGAUGAACUCACUUGCAGUGUAUGCUUGGAGCAAGUUAAUGUUGGUGAAGUACUGCGUAGCUUACCUUGCUUGCAUCAGUUUCACGCUAGUUGCAUCGAUCCUUGGCUGCGUCAACAAGGGACAUGCCCUGUAUGUAAAUUUCGAGCUGGAUCUGGGUGGAGUGACAAUGGACAUAAUGAUAUCGCGGACAUGGUUUGAAUAUAUCGUCUAAUUUUUAUUUAUGGACGUGUGAUUAAAAUCUGCAACUAUAACUUAGUGUGAUGAUGUAUCAAAAUUAGUAGGUCUUGACCAGUAUUGGUGUAAUUACCCUGACGUGUAGGGAUGAGAAGAUCGGCAGAAUACCGUGUAACAACUAUUCAGUUUAUAUUUCUUCGGCUGCUGUGCUUAACCCAGCGCCAUCUGCACAAA